GUUUUAGUUGGUGCUCAUAAUUCUUUCAAGCAAACUCGGUGUGAUCUUGUGCUGUGUUUUAAUUAAUAAAUUAAAUAAUAAAAUAUUUAAAAGGAAAAAAAUGGAUAAAUUACCACGAAUAAGGGAUUAUUUUGCGCAGAGGAGUGUCCUGCUGACAGGUGGGACAGGAUUCAUUGGGAUGGGUCUCAUUGAGGGUCUUCUGAGUGCCAGCCCUGACCUCCAGAGGAUCUACGUUGUUGUGCGCGAGAAGAAAGGACUCGCACCGCAGGAACGCCUCGUACGGCUCCUCUCGAGUGAAAUCUUCAAUCAUCACGCUGCGGAUGUUAAGGCAAAAGUUGUGGCUGUUGUGGGGGAGCUCACAGCAGAAAAUCUCGGUCUCAGUGAGGAAAUUCUGCGGGAAAUUCGGGAAAAUGUAAGCGUAGUCAUUCACAAUGCAGGACUCAUAAAGUUCAACAGGAGCCUCCGUGAAGCCGUUACGAUGAAUGUUCUCACAACGCUGCGUUGCAUUGAACUCGCCAAGAGUCUGAGGAAUCUCUCAGCCUUCAUCUUCUCCUCCACAGCCUUGGCGAACUCCAACAUUUCCGGACGGAUCAAAGAGGAAAUUUACAAAACAAAGAAAUCCCCACGAGAGAUGAUCAAGCUGGCCCUUGAGACACCAUCGACGAUUGAUAAAGAAGUGAAAAUUCGUUCAGAUCUCAUUGAAGGUCAACAGAAUACUUAUUGCUACUCAAAGCAAUUGGCUGAGAAUCUUAUUCUUGAGGAGAUGGCCGGUCUACCAGCUGGGAUUGUUCGACCAUCUCUUGUUUAUGGAUUCUACAAACACGAAAUUCCCGGAUGGAUGGGCAGCUCCCAGAGUGGUCAUUGUGGCUUAAUCAGGAUCAUGGUGAAAGGAGCAGGAAGGUCCAUGUAUGGAGACCCCAAAAGUGUUUACUUCUCCUGCCCAUGCGAUCACGUUGUUAAUGCAAUCCUCGUCUUGGCUGUGGCCGUUGGAACGCAUCCACCAUCUGCGAAAGCUCCUGAAAUCGUUCAUGUGUCCAACAAUGUGGAAGUUAAUCCCGUCAGGACGAAGGACAUGGUGAGGUACCUCAAUGAGGAAGCCUGGAAGAAUCCGUGUGAUUCCUACGCCUUCCUGCCACGGUGCAAAAUAAGGAAUGGCCUAAGGGCGGACUUUUACUUCCUGGCCAUGUACGUUAUGGCUCUUUUCUUCUUCAUUCCCGAAAGGAUUUUUCCCAUUUCUCCACCCUGGAUGAGGAGUUUCCAUUUGGUGGAGUUGCAACGAAAGGCCAGAAUAUACUUUACAGAGAUCAGUUCAUGCAUAACCGAUCUAUCAUUGGAGAAUGCCAUCAAAUAUACAAAGAAUCUUCAUCCAGAAGACGCCCAGAAGUACUCCUUUGAUCCCUCCGAUGUAGACUACCGGAAGCUCAUAGCGAGUAGCAUUAGUUGGGUACGGAAGUACUACUACAAGGAUUCCAACUACGUCACGUGGAUGCACAGAGUUGUCCAAAUAGGUUUCCUUCUUCUUGAAUUCUUCUCCUACACCGGCGUCUUCGUCGUCAGCACGGUUGCCGUCUUCUUCAUGUCUUCAUCUUGGUUAAUUGGAGCGUGUGUGGGUUUAUUGUUGACGAUCUUUGCUGUAUGGGUUUAAUGUGUUAAUGGCAAAUAUAUCUGUGUAAAUAAACAUCACUAUCUUUUAUGUUUUGUGAACAUAAAAAUAUUCUAGAAGCGUUUUUGUUUACUCGCAAAAAAUACGUUUUUUUUACAUAGAUUAAUUAAUUCAAAGAAUAAAUGUUCAUUAAUUUU